AUGGUUAAGCCUGUGAGUGUCUCACCUCAAUUUUGGUGCUCAUUUGUGUAUGCUUCAAAUGAUGCAAAAGAAAGAGAAGAAGUGUACAUGCAGGAUUUAGAGGUCAUUGCAAGUAAAAGAAGAAUGCCAUGGAUGGUUGUGGGGGAUUAUAAUUGUGUUCUUUUCCCUGAUGAAAGAGUAGGGUCUAUUGUAAGACAACAAGAGACAAUGAGGUUGCAAAGCUGUGUGCAACUGUGUGGUUUGCAGGAUAUGGCUAGUACAGUGACACAUUUCCUCCCUGAGGGCCAGUUUGAUCAUAGCCCUGCUGUCAUAAUGGUUCAUCCAAAUCUUGAGAUUGGUAAACACCCUUUCAAGUAUUUUAAAAUGUGGAGUAAUGCCCCAAGCUUCCUUGAAAUUGUUAGAGACAGCUGGAAUGUAGAUGUGCAAGGUACUCUGAUGUUCAAGAAAUUGAUUACUUGUCAAGUGGAGCUGCAAAAGAAUCCAAGGUGUGAAGUUGCAAGGAGUGAGGAGUAUCAGGCAGCUAUGGUUUACAGGCAGACUCACAAAACUUAUCUAGAAUUUCUCACACAGAAGGCAAAGAUGAGCUGGUGUAGAGAUGGAGAUGAGAAUUCUGCAUUAUUUCAUCAAUCCAUCAAGGCAAGAAGAAUGAAGAAUACUGUUUAUCCUAUAAAUGACAGUGAUGGGCAUUGGCAAGAUAACCCUCAUGAUGUUAAUAAGGCCUUUCUAGCUUAUUAUGAGCAGUUAUUGGGUAAUUCUAUGCAGCAUAGAACUAAAGUAUACAAUCAGGUGAUAGAAAAGGGUCUUGUCCUGCAAAGUGAGCAAAUGCAAAUGCUUACUAGGCCAUAUACUGCACAGGAGGUGAAAGUAGCUUUGUUUUCUAUUCCAGGAGACAAAAGUCCUGGUCCAGAUGGGUAUGGGACUCAUUUCUUCAGAGAUACCUAG